UUGGAUAUCACAGGUGCUGCCAACAUGGAGAACGGAAAGGAUAAAAACGAAUUGGAGGUGGACAUCGAUAAUGACAAUACCAUCAUUGAGUGGAUAGAAAAGGAUAAACGCACAAAGCCACUGCCAUGGUACUAUGCACCAAGUUAUUUGUUUAUCUGGGUAGCAUUAUUCUUUGCCGUGGUCUUUCCCCUUUUCAACUAUUUACCCACGGCUAUAAAGAUCGAGGAGGAAGCCAGUAAACCGGGACAAUUUGUGGCGGAGCGUGCUCAACAAAUCCUAUUGGAAUUGGAUCGUAUGGGACCCAAGAUUGUGGGCGAUGAGAUGAAUGAGAAGACUAUGGUGGAGUUUCUGCUUAACAAGAUCGAAUUAGUGCGUCAGGUAAUGCGCACCGAUAUCUACGAGCUGGAAGUUGAUGUGCAACGGGCAUCGGGAGCAUAUUUGCAUUGGGAGAUGAUCAACAUGUAUCAGGCUGUGCAGAAUGUGAUUGUUAAGCUGAGCACAAGGAGUUCCAAUAGCACAUCCUAUCUGCUGAUCAACAGUCACUACGAUAGCAAGCCCGGGAGUGUGGGUACUGGAGAUGCUGGUUUCAUGGUUGUGACCAUGCUGGAGGUGAUGCGUCUAUUGGCUACAUCAGAAGAAACCUUUGAGCAUCCGGUUGUGUUUCUGUUCAACGGUGCUGAGGAACAGCCGCUGCAGGGUUCGCAUGCCUUCAUCUCGCAACACAAAUGGUCGCCCAACUGCAAAGCGCUAAUCAAUCUGGACUCCUGUGGCGCUGGUGGGCGUGAGAUUCUCUUUCAAGGCGGUCCCAAUCAUCCCUGGCUAAUGCGACAUUACAGAGAAGGCGCUAAGCAUCCUUUUGCCACCACAAUGGCUGAGGAGGUUUUCCAGGCUGGUAUUAUUCCUUCCGACACGGACUUUCGCAUCUUCCGUGAUUUCGGUCCAGUGCCAGGUCUGGAUAUGGCUGGCGUAUACAAUGGUUUUGUCUACCACACCAAAUACGAUCGCUUUGAUGUAAUAUCUCGAGCAUCAUUACAGAAUACCGGCGAGAAUUUGCUGUCACUCGUGCGUAGUAUCUGCAAUGCUGAAGAGAUGCACGAUACUGAGGCACACUCCGCUGGUCAUUCGGUAUUCUUUGAUUUCUUGGGUUUGUUCUUCGUCUACUAUUUGGAGUCCACGGGCAUUGCGUUAAAUAUUUGCUUUGCCUUUGCUGGCCUGAUCCUCGUGUGUGUUUCGCUUUGGCGCAUGACCAAGACAACGGAUCUUAGCAUCGGUUUUGUGGCAGGUGAAUUUGGCAUAUUCUUCCUUUUGGAGUUGGCUGGAUUUAUACUUGCUCUCGGCUUGCCGCUACUGAUGUCGGUGUUCUAUGAUGCCGGCGAUCGGACGAUGACGUAUCUGACCAACAGUUGGCUGGUGAUUGGACUUUUCAUUUGCCCAUCGCUCAUCGGUCUGGUGCUGCCGUUCACCUUGUAUUACACUCUGCGACCCAGGGAGAAGAUACCACACCCAUAUCAUUUGCAAAUGGCUGGACAUGCUCACUGUGUCCUGCUCGCUCUGCUGUGCAUCAUCAUCACAGCUGUUAGCAUUCGCAGUGCAUAUCUCUGCAUGAUCUCCUUGCUCUUCUAUGUCGGUGCACUGAUCAUCAAUUUGGUGAGCAAGUUGCACGAUCGCGGCUACUAUUGGUCGAUCUUGAUGGCUGUGUGCCAGGCAAUGCCCUUUCUUUACUUCAGCUACUUGUUUCACUCUUUCCUCGUCAUCGUCAUUCCAAUGACAGCACGCAAAGGCACCGAGGUUAAUCCGGAUAUGCUCAUCGCUUUGCUUUGUGCAAUGGGCACUAUAUUUGCCUUUGGUUUUGUGGCUCCUCUUAUAAAUAUUUUCCGGCGUCCAAACUGCAUGAUUGGAGGCUUGGCGCUGAUUAUGUUUAUAUUCUGCAUGAUAUCCGUAUCCGAAGUGGGAUUCCCCUAUCGCGCCAAGACGAAUGUGAUGCGUGUUAACUUCUUGCAAGUACAUCGAAGAUUCUAUGAGUAUGAUGGUUCGCUCAGUUUGGAUGAUUCGGGCUACUACUUUGAUCUGCAGGAUCGUCGCUUGGAGCUGCCACUGCGUGACACAAUGGACUUUAAUGAACUGAUUAGUCUAGAGAAUGUCUGCGAUACCCAAAUGAUGUGUGGAGUGCCGUGCUUCAAUCAUCGCUGGUGCGAGGCACGCAAAGCGGCGCGUUGGCUGCCACGCAAGGAGACCGUGGAGGUGCCUGGCAUCACAACAUUGGAGCUGCUCAAUAAGACAGUGCUGGAGGGUGGCUAUACGGUGCGAUAUGAGUUUAAAUUGACGGGUCCUGCACGCAUGAGUGUCUUCCUAAAGCCAAUGGAUGGUGUCAAGAUGCUGGACUGGUCAUUCUUGAGGGGAAUGCUUGACAAUCCGGGCAUCUAUAAGCCACCAUACCACAUCUUCUUUGCUUGGGGCGUUGAUGAUUCACCCAUAGAGUUCUAUCUGGAGCUGGCGAAGACGAAUGGCAAGUUCGAUGAGCCCGUGUUUGAAAUCGGCAUCUCGGGUCAUUAUCUAAGCAAUCUCCAUAAGCGCGAUGCUGUGAGUACACAGUUUAUUGACGAUUUGCCAGACUUUGUUCAUGCCAUGGAAUGGCCCGCUUCCUAUGAUCGCUACAUAUAUUAACACAUAUUGAUAUCCAUUCAGAAUAAUAGCAUGUUAAGUAAAUAUAUGUAUGUUAUAGGGAAAGAACAUUUUUGUACGUUAAGCAAACACAACAAGACUCCAACUGUUUGCUCUUCUUGGCGUUGCGCCCAUCUUCUUGAAAAUUUCAAGACAAGUUAAACAAAGCCCUUUGAAUUGGGCUGCAUUGCAUAAGGCACUGGAGACAAACAUUUAUGGAUUAAACAAAUAAAAGAAAGAAAC